AUGUUCGAUGGUGGUGGUGGAUCCAUUUCUGCGGCUAGCUUUGUAGCCGAAGGCCACGCCACUUUCGACGGUACGAGUGCACAGUACAAUGGUGGAGCCAUCGACGCAGUGCAAUUCAGCGUGCGGAGUGGCAGUCGCGUUGGGAUCUAUAACGCGCGUUCCGACACAGGCAAAGGAGGAGCAGUUUGUGCGCCGUACGCGGAUAUCCUGGGUACACUUGAGCUCGGCAACAUCAUUGUUGGAGGAGGAGGGCUCGCGAUACAAGCAGAUGCCGCAUCCAUAUCAGGGACAAUCGUCAUCUUCGGUGAUUCCGAUGCCGCCUCAAUCGGUCAGGCACUCAGUGCGACUUCGACCGAAGUCAGCGGCACCGUGCGCAUUGAGAGUGUUGACCUGAACACCGCGUUAACUGGAAUCACGUGUUUCGAGACGACAACAGAGGACAUAUCCUUAAAAUAUGCUGUGGCACUCGAUUGCGUCCUCAGGCCCGUGCCCGUAGCCUGUGUAGGCACAGACGCCAGACGCCAGGCGAUGUUUGCCAGCUUCGGGUGCAUAUCUGGGCGCCUCGAGCGGCUGGUGAGCAUGUGGCCGACGAUCGCGGCGACCUCUCCCUCGCUGAACAUCACAGGCUCGCACCUCCAUGGCGAAGUAGGCCCAGUGUUGUAUUUUUUUCGUUCUCCUCUGGCGGCGCUUUCUCUCCGGAGUCCAGAUGCCACGCUGGAUUUGGAGCACUCGUUUGUGCGCGGCAUCCUCCCCAGAUGGUUGGAUGCUCGAGGCUCUGACGUCACUCGUGGAUCGCUGCCCCUGGUCCAAGAUGAGAGCCACUGCACAUUGGAGUUGAAGACAUGUGUCGUGCAGGGUCGUCGCAAUCAGAACGCUGCCAUAGUGACAAUAUCGGAGACAUCGGUGUUCAAACAGGUGAGGGAAUCAGAACUACUGGUGGACUCAACAUUGUUCUGCCCACGCGAUUUCGUCCUCAAUGGAGUUGUUUGCGAGCAUUGCUCUGGGGAGUGGAAGGGCCUCGACUGCAGCAGCCCUGGUCAGACAACUGCAGAGGCUGUACCCAAGAAGGGCUACUGGCGGGGACACGCUCACAGCAGCUACCCCAUCCAUAUUGUCGACGUGGAGAAACGGCGUGCCCUGGUGGAACCAUUGACUUUUGUUCUUACAAUUAUACUGGUGCAUUUUGCGCAGAAUGUAGGAGUGGCUUUGGUUCGUUCUCACGCACAGGGGAGUGCACCCAGUGCUCGCGACGUGCUCUUUCACGUCUUCAGGACGCUGGCAAGUUUAUGA